CUCCAAUACCUCUCUGUCUCUCUCUCCACUUACAAGAAGAAGAUUCUGAUUCACUGAUAAGAAGAUGAAUAUGUUCUCCACAAGAUGGUUUUCUGAGCAGGAAUUAGAAGAAAAUAGCAUCAUUCAAGAAUACCAGAUAAACUCAAGAGUAGGAGAGAUCCAUGAAGCUCAACACGAUCUUCCACACUCUUUCUCAACUCUUAUGGCCCCCACAGAUGAUCCUUCUUACGAUGAUUUGAUUGAAAUGAAACCAUCAAAGAUCCUCAAAACAACUUACAUAGCACCAAAAUUGCCACCACCACCCUCUUUUCCUCUUCCUCCUAACUCAAAAACUUAUCUUCAUCAUCAGCCUUCCUCAAGAAUUCUCUCCUUCGAGAAUGCCUCUCCAAAUGGUAUGGAUCAUGGGUACGCUCCCACCUAUCUAAAUUCAAUCAUGAACCCCAAAGCUGAGGAUGGAGAGCCGCCAAACCGGAUGAAUGAGCCGAUUAAUCGAAAAGGGACCAAGAGGGCUCAACCUUUGUAUAGAAACCAAACUAAUGCGCAAGAUCACAUAAUGGCCGAAAGAAAACGUAGAGAGAAACUUACUCAACGAUUUGUAGCUCUUUCUGCUCUAGUUCCUGGCCUGAAAAAGAUGGACAAGGCUUCUGUGUUGGGAGAUGCACUAAAGCAUAUAAAGUAUCUCCAAGAAAGAGUGGGAGAGUUAGAGGAGCAAAAGAGAGAAAAAAGAUUAGAAUCAGUGGUUCUUGUGAACAAGUCUAAGCUGAUUUUGGACGAUAAUAAUCAAUCAUCUUCGUCUUCGUGUUGUGAAGAUGGCUCCUCGGGCUUAGAACUUCCCGAGAUUGAAGUAAGAUUCUCGGAUAAUGAUGUUCUAAUCAAAAUCCUUUGCGAGAAGCAAAAGGGCCAUGUUGCCAAGAUUAUGGCAGAGAUUGAGAAAUUUAAUUUCUCAAUAACCAACUCAAGUGUUUUGCCCUUUGGACCAACACUUGAUAUCACCAUUAUAGCUAAGAAGGAGAAUGAUUUCGACAUGACACUCAUGGAUGUUGUAAAGAGCUUAAGGUCCGCUUUAUCGAAGUUCUUGUGA